UUUUUCUUCAUGUUAAACUCGCAUACGCCAAGUGUAACAGCCGAUAACGAAUAUAUGUUGGACCUUGUUCCGCUAUCUGAGCUACAGCAAGGUGAACUUUACAUUCUUAAAAUUAAACUCGUUGCCAUUGGUCUAUUUCAAGGAUGGGAUGAUGAUAUGUGUUGCUUUUCUAUUUUACGCAAGUAAUGAUAUUGAUAUCAACAUGAUGCUUAUCUGAUCAACAUAGGUACUGAUUCAGUAGACCAUAUAAGAUGGUCAGAAGCAAGAUAUUUACCUAAUAACUUCGAUGCUUAUCAUGCAUUUGAUCAUGCUGGUAAUCCCCCUAUUCACCUUUGGUCUAAGCAUUUACGUAUGGACAUGCCCUUCAAUUGGUUCAGCAUGUUUGAAGAAGCAAGACAGUGGCAAAAACAAUGGCAUUUAGAUUAUUGGCCUUCAGAAGUGAUGGACAAUAUUCCUCCUCCUCCUUUAGAAGAGACGAACACAUCAGACCAUGAAACGCCAUCGACCCAUCAACUCGAUGCGGAUGAUAUUCAUCAAGAUCGACCCGAGGAACAGAAUAAGCCUACACCUGCUAUGGAAUUACAAAAACAGUACCGAGCAGCACUAGAGGUCACACAACAAAAAUUAGAGCAAAGCACCAUUGAACCAAAACAAAUCGAAGCGGAACAAAACCCCAUCGCAUCAAAACCACCUGAGCUAAAACUCAGAGUAUCCAAGUCAUUAGAGCCAAGGACUGUACCACAAGCACCUAUGGAGCAAAACACUUUGGCUGAGGAAGAACCUAAACUAAAGCCAAAACGUUCGUUUAGUUCGUUCUUUUUAAAGAAAAAGAAAUCAAAAAAACCAUUGCGCCAGGAAGAAUCCAAAAAUCGAAAGAGUGCUCCUCCAACACCUUCGGUCAUACCAAAACAAUACCAAAAAUCAUUGAGUGACAAUACUGUUCCAUCUACCGAAGAAGCAUCCGUUACACAAACACCUUCAUUUAAACCUUCGACCUUGGGCGCAAAAAUGGAAUUGUUUGACAUAGAUAGUUUUAUGGAUAUGCAAGCUACAUUUGCCUUUUUGAAUGAAACUUCCAAUAUAGAUUCUUCUUUUUCAUUCAUGAAUUCAGCUAUUACCCAUAAGACAUCCUAGAUACCCUCUUCUUACUAGAAUAAAGUCUUGCUUCUAUGCAAACAAAUUCGAUAAUAAACCCCCCCUGUCCUAUAUUCUUUCUCAAAAAAAA